AUGGCAGCCGGCGAUGCUGGCUCCGACGAAAAGGACCAUGACAUUGCCUCGACCACCGCGCCAGACCAAGCACGCAGCGUCCUCGCCAAGCAGGCCUCCGCGGCAGACUCGGUCUGGCUCGCUGAUAAUAUGCCGCUGGGCAGAGAGGCCCUGCUGCUCUUUGUGAUUUGCAUGGCGCAGUUUUGUACACAAACGCAAUUCACAGGCACCCUCGUCCUCCUCCACAUCAUUGGCCAAACUUUCCACAUCACUAACCAGCUCCAGCUCGCCUGGCUGGUCGCCGGCUACUCCCUCACCGUCGGCACCUUUAUCCUCUUCUCCGGCCGCCUCGGCGACGUCUUUGGAUACAAGCGCAUCCUACUCAUUGGCUACGCAUGGUUUGCUGUAUGGUCCGCUAUUGCCGGACUCACAGUCUACUCCGACUUCAAGUUUGCCGUCGCCGCUCGCGUGAUGCAAGGCAUCGGUCCCGCGCUCUGUCUGCCGAAUGCCCUCGCCAUCCUGGGCACCACGUAUCGUCCUGGUCCGCGCAAGGCUAUGGUCUUUGCCUUCUUUGGCGCCGUUGCGCCCAUCGGCGGUGUCUGCGGUGGCCUCUUCGCCGCGCUCUUCGCCAUGGCCUGGUGGCCCUGGGCACUCUGGGCAAUGGCCAUCUGGCUGGUUGUCCUUGCUGGCAUCUCGUGGUUCGCCAUCCCAGAUGUCCCGCAGCAUCAGCACCAGAACCCGAUUCACGGCACCGACCUGACCUCGUGGUCGCGCACGCUUGACCUGCCCGGCGCCACCGUCGGCAUGCUCUCGCUCAUCCUCUUCAACUUUGCCUGGACCCAGGCGCCCAUUGACGGAUGGGACACGCCGUCCGUACUCGUGCCGCUCAUUCUCGGCCUUGUGCUCUUUGGCGUCUUUGGAUACAUUGAGUUCCGCGUCAGCCCGAACCCGUUGCUGCCCUUUGACGCCGUCAACACUGACGUGGCCAUGGUGCUGGCCGCCAUGGCCUGCGGCUGGGCCACAUUCGGCAUCUGGCUGCUCUAUCUCGUCCAAUUCCUCGAAGACACGCGCGGCAUGUCCCCCUUACUAGUCUCAGGCUGGCUCUCGCCCGUUGUUGUAUCCGGAGGCUGCGCCGCCGUCUUCACCGGCAAACUCCUCGGUGCAUGGAACUUCCAGCCGUCCGUCGUCAUGACACUCGCCCUACUAGCCUUCACCACGGGCAUCACGCUCACAGCCACGCUGUCCACGGACCAAAUCUACUGGGGCCAGGCGUUUGUAUCGAUGCUCGUCAUGCCCUUUGGCAUGGACAUGAGCUUCCCCGCCGCCACGCUGAUCCUGUCCAACGCCGUCCCCAAGGAGCACCAGGGCGUCGCGGCCAGUCUCGUCAACACAGUCGUCAACUACGGCAUCGCCCUUGGCGUCGGCUUUGCAGGCACCGUCGAGCUGCACGUUCGCGGCAACCCAGCGACACUAGACGGACGUCUUCUCGGCUACAGAGGCGCCAUGUACAUGGGCAUCGGGCUGUCGGCCCUUGGCCUCGGCGUCUGCGCCGUCUUUCUGGCGCGCGCUUUCAUCUUUCAUCGCAAGUCAUGA